UGUGUUUGUGACGUUAUUGGUUGGAGGGGACAUUUUAGUCCAGAUCCACUUACAGCUAAAAGUCGUCUCUUUUCAUCGCAUAAUUACACAGUAAUUUGGACAUGUCUGUUGCUGAAUAUUUUGCAAUUUGUUCAAUUAAUAAUGGAGACGUCAAAUAAGAAUGCUGUUGGUGGAAAGCGGUGGAUUGCAGCUGCCUUUAGCAACCGAAACACAGCCAGUGUUUCUUAGUUUUUUCUCUACGCCAACCAUCAAGUUUUGGGAUGGGAGAAUUGUCGGCUCUUACCGGAGACUUCAGUGGAUUAUGGGACAUUCUCCUGUAGCUGUGAUCUUGGCUCCUCAUCGGCUUCUCUUUGAGACACUGGCGUUCACCGCAGCCAUCCGACUUUCAGUCAGCAUGUUGAGACAGCUGCUGGUCGUCAAGCCGGGAGACAGAGGUGUUGUGCUGGCCUUCCUUGUCAACACCGAGCGAGGACACACUAUGGACACAGCCAACACAAGUCGUCCAAAGAUGGCACAAGGAUGGAAUGCAAAAAUGGGCGGCGCUCUACUUUGUGUGCUUUUCUGGAACCGUGCUUGGGGGAGAUGGACGACAUUGAUGCAAUGUUCAGCGACCUGCUGGGGGAGAUGGACCUCCUGACUCAGAGUCUUGAACAGGAAGCAGCCCCACCUGCCCCCUUGCCAAACGCUAAGCAGGAAGUCAACCUCUCCAUCGGCUUCACGGAUUUUAACGAGUCCCUCAAUGAGCUGGAGGACAACGACCUGGACGCUCUCAUGGCCGACUUGGUGGCCGACCUCAACGCCACUGAGGAGAAACUGGCAGCAGAAAUCGAGGGUCUGAAGUCACCGUCGCCGGAGCCCCCGCCUAAGGACUUGGGCACCCGCCCGCCGUCCUCGAUUAGUUCCAUGAGCAGCAACAUCAGCACACCGACCUCCUCCACCUCCUCACCUUUACCGCCACCUCAGUCUGCUAAACCUUCUAUGGAGGAAAUUGAGGCCCAGGUAAAAGCAGACAAAAUAAAGAUGGCUCUUGAGAAGCUAAAAGAAGCUAAAGUGAAAAAGCUGGUGGUGAAGGUGCGCAUGAACGAUGGCAGCUCCAAGACGCUGAUGGUGGACGAGAGGCAGAGCGUCCGCGAGGUCCUUGACAACCUCUUUGAGAAGACACACUGCGACUGUAACGUGAACUGGAGCUUGUGUGAGACCAACCCGGAGCUGCAACUCGAACGCACAUUUGAGGACCAUGAAAACUUGGUGGAGCCUCUCUUGGCGUGGACGAGGGACACUGAGAACCAAAUCCUUUUUCAAGAGCGGGAAGAGAAGUACGAGGUCUUCAAAAACCCUCAGAUGUUUUACUUGUGGAAGAAGGACAAGAAGACCAUAAAAGACAUGAAAGACAAAGACAAAGAGAUAUUGAUAAAGGAGAACUUCUGCGGGACAUCUAUCAUCGUGCCCGACCUGGAGGGGGUUCUUCACCUCAAAGAAGACGGCAAGAAGGCGUGGAAGCAGCGUCUUUUUCAGCUAAGAGCCUCUGGAAUUUAUUACGUACCCAAAGGCAAGACAAAGUCUUCGCGUGAUCUGGUCUGCUUUGUGCAGUUUGACAACGUCAACGUGUACUACGGCAAAGACUUCAGGGCCAAAUACAAAUCACCUACAGACUUUUGCUUUGUACUCAAACAUCCUCAAAUCCAGAAGGACUCUGAGUACAUUAAGUACAUGUGCUGUGAUGACGCUUGGACCAUGAACCUCUGGGUGACUGGAAUACGUGUCGCAAAGUAUGGUGUCUCUUUGUAUGACAACUACAAAGUCGCAGAGAAGAAGGUGGUCAUGGGCUCUGUGUGGCCCAAAUGCAGCAUUCCAUCAAGCUCCAGUCCAUCCACACAAAACACAUUAUCAAGCCAGGUGGCCAAUGGGCACAGUGUCACACAUCAAUCCAUUUCCAAGGACAACACUCUACCUGUACCACCACCACCGCCUCCUCCUCCUCCUCCACCAGCAAGCCUACAUGUCCCUUCUCAUCCGCCUCCACCUCCCCUACUAGCAGCUAAGAAGUCCUCCAAACCUGCCCCUCAGCAAGGACUAUUCACCAACUUUCCUCCACCUCCCCCUGCCAUAGUUAACCUUCCUCCUCCACCCAUCGAGGACACCUUAGAAGCUCCACCAGACUUCCUCCCACCACCUCCUCCUCCCCCACCCAUCAACACAUUUCUUCCUCCUCCUCCUCCUCCUCCGCCCAUCAACACUAUUCCUCAAAGCAUCAAGACUCUUCUUCCCCCUCCUCCUCCUCCUAUUAACACUCUUCCUCCGCCUAGUUUCAAGGCAAUGGACCUGCCUCCACCACCACCAGAUCCUGGCUUUUUACCCCCACCACCACUCACCGGAGGACUUCCACCACCUCCACCGCCGCCUCCGACAACAUCAGUCAACCUGCCGAGAGUACCUCUGAAACCUUCUGGAUCAGUGAAGAAGGUACCUCCUCGUCCACCAAAGAGGACUACACCCUCACUGCAUGGAGGAGGAGGUGGAGAUCUUAUGUCAGAACUGAUGCUUGCUAUGCAGAAGAAGAAGCACCCUUAGCCUGAUGACUUCAUGUUUGCAAUUUGGGGCCAUCUUGACUUGAAAAGCUAAACUGAUGCAAAUUGUACAUUGAAACAUUUGCAAAGGUUUGUAAAUAUUCAUAUUAGAAUGAUGUAAGUAAUCCUACAAAAACAUUUUGUAAAUAACUUGAAUUUUAAUUCACUGUCUAAAUCUAGAAAUAAUGUAAUUAUGUAAUUAAACUCAAGCUUUUACUAACAUUAUUUAAUGUAAAUUAAUUUAGGUAAAUAAUUAGGACAAGUGACAGCAAAACAUUUAACUAUAAUACAAUUAUUUGUAAAUGUAAUACAGUGAUUCAUUUUUAAGAUCUAAUGUAAAGCCUACAUCAAAGGUUUCUGUAGAUUGUGUAUUCCUCUUACUUUGGCAUGUUGGUGCUUUGGGGAGAUCACUCACGAAGAGCAGCUGAUCUUUAACGUCUGUGCCCACUUAGGAGGUCUCGCUGCAUAGCCUGCAGCCUCUGCUGAGCUUUGAAUGGCGAAUGGAGAUGAAAGGAUACGGUGAAGCAGCUCCACCUAGCGGGCAUAAUGACUAAAUGAUUCCAAUUCAUAAAAAGCCAGCGUACUAAUGUUUACCUCUGAAAAAUCAUUCCUCUCUGCUUUCUUGAUGGCAGACUGUGCCAUCCAGUUCCUCAGCACAUAUCGUGGGUUCACACCUGCAAGUACAUAACAUUCUGCUUUGUGUGUUCAUUUGGCAGAAUUGCUAAACCAUAUCUAAUUGGCCCCUUGUUAUAAUACAUCAAACUGUUCCACCAUAGUGGAUGUGGCAGAUCGGCCUUGUAAAGCCUUGUCAGUUUUAGCUGUGAAAAGUAAUCCAAGAUGAUGUGUUUGACUGUAAAUUGUUAGUACAAAUCCAUGCAGCCCAUGGGUCAAGCAUUUUCUAUGUUAUUGACGUAUUAAAUGCAACGUCUUUA